AUGACCCUUCCUGUUCGGAACGGGACCCCCCUUCAUCACCUGACCCAGCAGCUAUUGAUGUUGAACUACCUGACCUCCACUCACCUGCUCAAAAUCUGGACCCUGAAAACCACUUACCUGAAGAACCUGCCACCUCCGAUCCACCUACAUCCCUGGUGGGAGAAGAGGAAGUGCCAGAGGGAGAAGACUAUCUUGAGCCAGUACCUGUGGAGGAAGAAAUACUUAUCAAUGACUUACCUGGUGUGA